GUUUGGAUAAAAAACGUAAUCCGCUUCACUUGUGUUUCGGUAAAUAACCUAAUCCCCUUUUUCUCUCCGCCGUUUUACUCUCCGCCGUAUUCCUCUCCGCCGUAAUCUCUCCGCCGUAUUCCUCUCCGCCGUAUUCCUCUCCGCCGUAUUCCUCUCCGCCGUAUUCCUCUCCGCCGUAUUCCUCUCCGUUUUCGGCUUGCCGUGUUUAGAGCUUUGGGCACAACAAUGUUCACAGAAUCAGAUAUGGGGAAGAAUCUCAUUUUUGAGGACAUAAAGGCGAAGAUAGGAUCUGUGGUAACAAAUCUCACCCGUUUUUUGGAAGGGGAUAAUGAGGAUAAAACCCUUCUCAAUGAGGAUAAAACGCUUCGCAAGACUAUUUCAAAGAUGUGUCCCUCUUUGCGAUGUCAUCUUUGCUUCUACUAUGAACGCAUUUACAGAACAUAUUAUAGAGAAACUGUCUUACCAAGUUUAAAGAACACGCACGGAAAAGAGUUGCUUGAGAAGCUUUACCAGAGGAUGAUUAAUCACAAAAUCAUGGUAUCGUCGCUGUCAGAGAUUUUCGAAGAUCUCAACAAGUUUCUUGCUGACGGGUCUUACAUGCGUUCAAAAAAAAUGUCCCGAAGCUUGCCUCUUCAAGUACUCCGUGACAGACGAAACCGUGGAACAGUUAUCCAGAACUUUGAAGACCUUGCAAUGUUUUCCUUUCGAGAGUAUCUUUUAUUAGAGAUAAACCCCGAGUCCAGAGUUGCUGUUGUGAACAUGAUUAUGGAAGAACGCGAGGGCGUUGCGAUUGACAGCGAUCUACUGAAAAAAGUGCUAGAUAUCUACAUGCAGAGUGGGAUAGGAACUGUACAAGUAUACGAAGAGCAUUUUGAAGACUUCUUUCUUCAACAAACAGCUUCUUACUAUUCUCAUAAAGCCUCAAGCUGGAUCCAAGAGUAUUCUUGCCCUGAAUACAUGAUGAAGUGUGAGGAGUCUUUAGAGAAGGAGAAGGAGAGAGUCACUCGCUACCUUCAUUCAAGCACUGAGCCAAAGCUAGUUGAGAUCAUGCAGAAUCAGUUGUUGUUUUUGGGUGCAAAGCAGUUUCUAGACAAAGGGCAGUCAGGUUGCGGGGCAUUGCUAAGAGAUGACAAGAAAGAUGAUCUCUCCAGGAUGUACAGGCUUUAUCAUGCUAUUCCUCAAGUGUUGGAACCUGUUGCAGACGUCUUCAGGCUUCAUAUUGCUACAGAAGGGAGCGUACUUAUCAAAGAAGCUGAAGACUCGGCUACUAGUGGUAUCGUGGAGGAACAGGUUCUUGUCAGAAAGAUAAUUGACUUGCACGAUAAGUACAUGGCCUAUGUCACGGACUGCUUUCAGAACCACACAUUAUUCCAUAAGGCGUUGAAAGAAGCCUUUGAAAUCUUUUGUAACAAGAAAGUUGCUGGAAAGCCAAGUGCAGAGUUACUUGCAACGUUUCUUUACAAUCUUUUCAAAAAGGCAGCCAAUGACAAGUCGAAUGAUGACUCUGCACUCGAGUCUACAAUCUACAAUGUUGUAAAGUUGAUUGUCUAUAUAAGUGACAGGGAUCUUUUCGCCGAGUUAUAUAGGAAGAAGCUAGCCCGUUGGCUCUUAUCUGGUCAAAGUGGUGGUGGCGGGCAUGAAAUGCUAAUUUUAAAGCUCAAAAAACAAUUCGGUAAUCUGUUUACUAAAAAGAUGGAGACCAUGGUCAAUGAUAUGGAAUUGACAAAAGAUAUUCAAAGACUCUACAUGGGAGUUGCAAAACCGGAAGUUGAUUUUACUGCCACUGUUCUCACCUUGUCUUCUUGGCCAAGUUACAAGACAUCACCAGAACCCAAUCUACCAGUCGAAAUGGUCAAGUGUACUAAGGCUUUCGAUCCCUUUUAUAAAAGUAUAACCAAAUCGAGGAAGCUUAACUGGGCUUACUCUCUGGGAAAAUGUCAUGUUACUGGAAGAUUCGAUGCAGGAUCAAUCGAAUUGGUCGUGUCUACCUACCAGGCUGCUGUUCUUUGUGUUUUCAACAACGCAGAGAGAUUAACUUUCAACGAGAUAAUUGAGCAAGUAAAGCUUGACCAUGAAGAUCUUGCAAGGGUGCUUCAUUCACUCUCAUGCGCAGAUUACAAGAUUCUUAAAAAGGAGCCAGCCUCAAAGACCAUCUCUAAAACUGAUUCGUUCGAGUUCAACUCCAAGUUCACCAAUAAGAAGCAGAGAAUCAAGGUCCCUCUUCCUACACUGGAUGAACCGCUAAUCGAUAAAGUUGUCGAUGAAGUUGUUAAAGAUAGACCCAGUGCGAUUGAAGCUUGUCUUGUGAAGAUCAUGAAGGAAAAGAAAGUGUUGCAGUUUAGACAGCUAAUCGCUGAGUGUGUUGAGCGGCUUAGCCAUUUGUUCAAGCCUGAGAUAAAGCAGAUCAAGAAACGUAUUGAGAAACUGAUGGAAAAGGAUUAUUUGAUUAGGGAUAUCGACGAUGCCAACUCUUUCAAAUACGUUGCUUAGGUAAACGAGUAUCUUGCGUACAUGAGCAAGAAGGUGGUUUUUUUUUUGUAACACGCAAGAAGGUGGUUAUAUAGUUUGCUUCUGACAUAACAUGUUACAAAAAAUAUAGUCAGUUUUGUUAUAAUAUGUGGAUGAAACGGAUAGAAAGAAAAAAUUGCUAUACAAAAGCGUAAAUUUGGUAACAUCUU